AUGAAGUUUGGUAAACUACUACAACGAAAUUAUGGCACAAAUCAAAUUAAAUCAUUCGAUCAAAUACCCGGCCCAAAAUCUUUGCCAAUUAUUGGAACUUUAUGGCAAUAUUUACCUGGAAUCGGAAUGUAUUCAUUUGACAGAAUUCAUCAUAAUGGUAUGAAAAAAUUCCAAAAAUAUGGCCCGGUUGUACGUGAAGAAUUUGUGCCUGGUGUAAAUACAGUAUGGUUAAUAAAACCAACAGAUUAUCAAGAAAUGUUUAAAGUUGAAGGAAAAUAUCCAAUGCGACGAAGUCAUUUGGCAUUGGAAAAAUUUCGAAUGGAUCGAAAACACAUUUAUAAUUCGGCAGGAUUAUUACCAACAAACGGGCCCGAGUGGUAUCGAUUACGUAGCGCAAUUCAAAAGAAAAUAAGUCGAGUACAAAAUAUUAAAAAAUAUAUCUCCAGCACAAAUGACGUUGUUAACGAAUUUUGUCAACAUAUUGUGGAACUAAAUACAAAUAGAAUUGUACAAAAUUGUUAUUUACCAGAAUUUUCUAGAUUGUCGUUAGAAUUGACGUGUUUGGUAGUAUUUGAUGAAAGGUUAAAUGGUUUUACAAAAACUGAGUUGAAAGAAAACUCAACGUCAUCCAAAUUAUUACAAGCUGCGUUCGAUACAAAUAGUUCUAUCUUAGGAACGGAUAAUGGUCCACAAUUGUGGAAGUAUUUCGAUACACCAUUAUAUAAAACAAUUAAACAUGCUCAACUAUUCAUGGAAAGCAUUGCUGUAAAAUUAGUUACAAAGAAACUGGAAAAUCUUCAGCAAGAAGAUAAGGAUGAUCAUUCAAUUCUAGAACAACUAUUAAAGUCAGAACAGCUGGAUUAUAAAGAUGUUAUUGGCUUUGCGUGUGAUAUGCUCCUGGCAGGAAUAGAUACGAUGUCGUAUACAUUGUGUUUUGUAUUUUAUCAUUUAGCAAAAAAUCCAAAUGCUCAAGAAAAGUUAUACAAGGAAAUUUUGGAAUUAUUGCCAAAUAAACAAACGGAAGUCACGGCUGAAAUAAUUGAAAAUGCAAAAUAUACUAAAAGUGUUCUAAAAGAAUCAUUGCGAUUGAAUCCAGUUUCAAUUGGUAUUGGCCGAAUUUUAAAUGAGGACGCAAUUUUUUCAAAUUAUCAUGUUCCAAAGGGGACAGUGGUUGUGACCCAAAACCAAAUCACAUGUAGACUUGAAGAAUAUUUCCAGAAUCCAAAUGAAUUUUUACCAGAGCGUUGGCUACGGAAUAUGAAAGAUUAUAAAUCAGUACAUCCAUAUUUAUUAUUACCAUUUGGACAUGGGCCUAGAAGUUGCAUUGCACGACGUUUAGCGGAACAAAAUAUGCUAAUUGUUAUUUUAAAAAUAAUUAGAUCGUUUAAAGUGACUUGGAAUGAUAAAAGAAAUUUAGACACUAAAUCAGUGUUAAUCAAUAAACCUGAUGGUAAAAUUAAUUUACUAUUUCACUCACGAAAAUAA